AUGCCUGAGCGAAAUUUGUUCAGGGUUAAGAAAAUAUCUUCUGCUGUCAGUACCACAUCCACAGAAUCUGAUAUGGACUUAUUAAUGUGUACACCACAAUUCAUUAAAGAACACAUACAAUUUUCCAAAGCUGAUGACUUAAAGAAAAAUAUUUUGGUUGUUAAAAACAGAAAUUUAUUUGGUGAUGUUGAUGGCGAUGAGGAGGAUAAGGAAGAUUCUGAUAAGGAUGUAUGUUUAGUACAAUUAAUAAAUGUGCCUAAAAAUACCAAUGAUUUUGAUAAACUAUUGCCACAUUUGAAACAAGAGACUGACAAAUGGAAAAAACCUAAACUGACAAAGGAACAAGAGGUGGCCUUGGAAGCCGGAAAAGAUCGUGAUGAAAGACAUGCGACCAGAGAUCGUGGAAAGGAGGAUAAUCUAAAAUCUCAUAAUGAGGAAAAGGCUAAAGGAUCUACACGUCAAAAGAAAAAAGAUUAA